AAUACGGCGACGCCCUCCAAGCCUCUCUAUCUGGGCCUUGACUUUGGCACAUCCGGCGCACGUGCAGCCGUCAUCGAUGACGAGGGUCGUCUGGUUCAGGAUGUCAAGCGGGGCUAUGGGGACGGAGCGGCUGCGGACUGGGCUAGCGCCUGGAGGAGGGUCCUGUACGAGCUGAUCCACUCGCUGGAUCCUGCCGUACGUUCAUGCGUUACAUCGGUGGCGUUCGACGGCACCUCCGCCACCGCGCUCCUGGUGGACCCACGGGACGGCACCCCCCUGGCGGCGCCCAAGUUGUACAACGAGGCGCAAGCCAAGGAAGUUGUGGCUGCGGCAAAGGCCUUAGCGCCCCCAGCCCACACGGCCACGGCGCCCACCUCCACGCUCUGCAAGAUCCUCGGCUGGUGGCUGGGGGCGGCGGCGGCGGCGCCGCCGCCGCUGCUCCUGCACCAGGCCGACUGGCUGGCGGCGCUGCUGCACGGCAUGUACGGCAGCGGCAUCUCGGACUGGAACAAUGCGUUGAAGCUGGGGUACGACCCGGAGACGGAGUCGUACCCGGCGUGGCUGGCAGAGCAGCCCUUCGCCCCGCUCCUGCCCGCUCGUGUGGUGGCGCCCGGCACCCCGGUGGGCCCCCUGGAGCCCCGGGCUGCCCGCGAGACCGGCCUGCCCCCCCACUGCCUGGUGUGCGGGGGGACGACGGACAGCAUCGCGGCGUUUGUGGCAGCGGGCGUUACAGAGGCGGGCCAAGCAGUGACGAGCCUGGGAUCCACCCUGGCAGUCAAACUUCUGAGUACGACGAGGGUGGACGACGCGGCGUACGGCGUGUACAGCCAUCGCCUGGGGGACGUGUGGCUGGUUGGCGGGGCCAGUAACUCGGGUGGUGCCGUACUUCGCCGCUUCUUUACCGACCAACAGCUGCGGGAGCUGACGCCGCGGUUGGACCCGGACCGACCCACGGGUCUCGACUACUACCCGCUACCCUCUCCCGGCGAACGCUUCCCGGUGGCGGAUCCCGACCUGCAGCCCCGCAUGACACCGCGACCCGAGGAUGAUACGUUGUUCCUGCAGGGGCUGCUGGAGGGGAUCUCUCAGGUCGAGGCUGCGGCGUACGACAGGCUGGCGACCCUGGGCGCGUCACCACUCCGAGAGGUUCUCACCGCCGGGGGCGGCGCUGUCAAUCCCAAAUGGACCGCGAUACGGCAGCGGUUGCUGGGGGUGCCCGUACGGCCGGCAGCGCACGGGGAGGCCUGCUACGGUGCAGCUCUAUUGGCGCGGCAGGGCGCGCGGCAG